UCUCGGCCGCUCCCCGGCAGCUCUCCCGGGACAGGGGCGCCCCGUCGGCCCCACAGCAGCACCCAGGCCUCCUUCCCUGCCGCCCGGCCCGGGCUCUCCCGCUGCCGAGGGCACCUCAUGGAAAAUAAAUAAAUUAAUUCCCCCACUCGCACCCGCGGCAGGGAGAGGAGCCGGCGGCGGCCGCGAGAUUAGAUCCAGCCCGAGCUAGAGACCAGUCUAGUUGGCGAAGAGAUAGAGACCAAAAAAUGCCACCAGCAACAGGAGCACCUGAUUACCCGCCUCCUGAUGGAGGCUGGGGAUGGGUUGUGGUCUUUGGGGCUUUUAUUUCCAUUGGAUUUUCCUAUGCAUUCCCCAAAGCCAUCACGGUGUUCUUCAAAGAAAUACAAGAAAUCUUCCACACAUCUUAUAGUGAGAUAGCUUGGAUAUCAUCGAUAAUGUUGGCUGUCAUGUAUGCAGGAGGUCCCAUAAGCAGCAUUUUGGUGAAUAAGUAUGGUAGCCGGCCUGUGAUGAUAGCAGGUGGUAUCCUGUGUUCAUUUGGAAUGAUUGCAAGCUCUUUCUGCAAUAGCGUCCUUGAACUAUAUAUAUGUAUUGGUGUGGUUGGAGGUCUGGGUUUAGCAUUCAACUUACAGCCUGCCUUAACCAUGAUUGGCAAGUAUUUCUAUAAGAAGCGUCCCAUUGCUAAUGGAUUGGCCAUGGCUGGAAGUCCAGUGUUUCUGAGCACAUUGGCACCUCUCAAUCAAUUCCUCUUUAACGCUUUUGGCUGGAAAGGAAGCUUUCUUAUUCUGGGAGGACUUCUUUUGAACUGCUGUGUGGCUGGGUCACUUAUGAGACCUGUUGGACCGAAAAAAGUCCCAACUGUGAAAAAAGAUGUUGAAAAAGGCACAGGAGAUUCUGCCUUGCACAAAAACAACAAGAAGUCUUGUUGGCAAACUAUGAAUAAGUAUCUAGAUCUGUCCCUCUUCAAACACAGAGGGUUUCUGAUCUAUUUGUCAGGAAAUGUCAUUAUGUUUAUUGGUUUCUUUGCUCCAAUAGUGUUCUUGGCUCCUUAUGCCAAGCACAAGGGAAUUGAUGAAUAUUCUGCUGCUUUUUUGCUGUCGAUCUUAGCCUUUGUAGACAUGUUUGCUAGGCCUUCAAUGGGACUCGUGGCAAACUCCAGGUUUAUCCGGCCAAAGAUUCAGUAUUUUUUUAGUUUUGCUGUCUUGUACAAUGGGGUCUGUCAUAUCUUGUGCCCUCUGGCAAAAAAUUACACUGGCUUGGUGAUAUAUGCUGUAUUUUUUGGAUUUGCAUUUGGAAUGGUUAGCAGCGUUCUUUUUGAGACAUUGAUGGACCUCGUUGGGGCUGCCAGAUUUUCCAGUGCGGUUGGACUUGUCACCAUUGUGGAAUGUUGUCCUGUGCUCAUAGGCCCUCCUCUAGGAGGUUGGUUAGUAGAUGUUACUGGUGAAUAUCAGUACAUGUAUUUUGUCUGCGGAGUGAUUGUGACUGUGGCCAGUAUCUGGUUGUUCAUUGGCAAUGCCAUCAACUACAGGCUUUUGGCAAAAGAAAAGAAACUAGAAGAUGAGAAGCAAAAAGCUCAGAAGAAUGCUGACUCAAAGGAAGUGGAACCAUUAACAAAUAACGAGAAUGAAGAUGCUUCCAGCAGAACCGACAAAGCUCUUGAAGAUCCCUCAGAAAGAGAAACCAAUAUUUAAUCUGCAUUAUAGCUCAGAAGUCAAUAUUUAUGACCUCCAUUAGGAAUCAAGACACAGGCCAAGUUUUGUGGUAAUAAUGAUCAGUCACAAUAUUGGAUGGGAACAGAUUUUUGCCCUAUGGCAAAACUUUAAGUCAAAUUUCUAUCUACAGUUUAUUUAUUUCAGCGAUACAAAAUUAUGAUUACAGAGGUAGUGAUUCCAUGCAAAGGAAUCCAUCAGACUUUGACUCUGGACAAUCAAGAGUCAGGUAAACCAGACUAUAAAGCCUUCCAAUGACAAACAUUUUUGUUUCAAAGUAUAUCUACUGCAAAAGUAUCUUCUGCUCUUAUUUGGGAAGAUACUUGCAUUCAUCCUUAAAGUAUGGUUAAAGUCAGUUGAAAUAAUUUGCCCAAACUCUACUUACCACUGAUAUUAAAGAGAAUAUAAGUUCAAAGAUUUGUUUCAAAAGAGGCAGAGUACCUGACUGAAAGCACACAGAAACUCUUUUUGUAUUUUGUAUUCUCACUAGAUAAAAAAUACAUGUCUGUAUAAACAAUUAUAUUAUGGAUGUAAAAGUUAGGGGUAGAAGAUGAACAACUAGUGGGCACCAUCUCUAAAAUACAAUAAACAGCUGAUUUAUAAUAUAUUCCAGAAGUAGUUUCUUCCUGUGAUAGCUGACUACAUUGUACUUCAGCAUACGCAUUUGAACACAAAGUACAUUCAGAUGUCACUAAUUCAAACUAAGCUGAAAUCUGCCUGUACAUAAAAUAUUUAAACCCAAGAUUUGCAUUGCUAACAAGUGUGUCAAUUAGUUUGUUUGAUUAUGCAUUCCUAUGUGGCUGAAUGAUCUGGAUCAGUCUGUGAAGCCUUUUUCCUAAAGGGACUAGAUUCAGAAUCUGCUGAAGUUAAAAGGAUACUAACCCUUGGCUUUUGUGGCCCAAAUCAGUUUUGUUGCAAUGACUUCAAAGUAAAUGCUUGGCUUUAUUGGCAAGUCACUAGUUAUUUGAUGGUUUCCUGAGAGGAGAUUUAAGGUCUAACUUCAGGUCUUUGCAGAUAGGUAUCUUCAUACCAGUUCUCAUUUCCCUUUCGCAUGAAUUUAGUGAAAAGCUGCUGCUUUUUUUUUUUGUAAUGCUGCUUUGAGCAAAAAUGCUGCAAGGCACCUUGACAAUGCCAGUCUAGAAGCUUUGUGCAGGAAGCUUUGUCAUAUCAGUUCUGUGCAGAAUAUUUAGUCUUGUGUGUACAAUUUCACGCAGACACUCAUAUAAAUUAAAAUGUACACAAUUGUCCUCCUCCUUUAGACAAAAGAAAGCAUAAGUCUACAGUUUUACCUUACAGAAAUCAUUUAGCAUUGCAUUUGAAAGCUAAAAGUGCAAGCUUCUGAAGGUAAUAAAUGAAAAUAUUUCUGUUGUAUUUCUAAGUAAGGAAAGGUGCUAUUCGUUUUGGAGAGAUGCAUAUAAAUGCCUCAGAAAUUGUGAAAAUUAAGGAUCUGAUUCAUAAGACAUUUAUGCACUGUUUAUGCAGGAUAAACCUACAUUCAAUUCCAGGAAAAGAAUAUCAUUCCUUUUAGUCCUCUUCUAAAUCUCAAAAAGUUGGAAAUAUAGUGCACAGUUGUGGUAAACACACUUUAAAGUGCCAGUAACAAAAGAAAAAAAUUGUUAGUAAAAUUUAGCAGAGUGCUUUUAGGAUGUUAUUUCUUAAUAUUAUUAAUAUUAUUAUGUUCAAUAUGAUUAUUUUAAUUUUUCUUCUAAAAAUUUUGGUUGUGCUUAUUUCAGUUUUUCUGGGUUAGCCUCUCAUAUAGUAUGAUGUUCCACAGUAGUGCUGAACUUUUUAAUUAUCUCAGCACUGUUUUGGGGGAGAAGCAUCAUGAAUCUACUCUCAGCAUGGUACGGAAGUUAAUACCUACUUUUUACCUAAUUAUAUUCAGGAAAACCAGACAUCUCCAAUGAGUCCUGUAGUUUUACAGAAGCAUCAGCAGCAAAAUAUAUGCAUUUCAGAGUUUUGGGAGCAAAUAUGUUUUGGAUGUUCAGAUUUGAGCAGUGUUCUGUGUAAAGGGGAAUGAUUUAGUCCCAGUAAAAUUACAGUUUUUCUCCCAGCCCCCAGCUUCAGAGAGGAAAUAAAUACGUUGCAUCUGCUAGCACCCCAUGAGAUAGAAGCAUUGCUCUCUUUUUUGACUAUACAAACAUACUGAGUGCAUUCCAGGACCUGUGGAGACCUUGUGUGCCCAUAGCCAGAGGGUGAUGAGGACUCUCAUAGACACUAAGCUUUCAUACAGUGAGGAAUAUCGGCUAUAAAUACUGGAUUGCAAAAGAAGAACAGAAAUUUUAGCUGAAGCGUAGUCAUCAGGAACAUCAGUCUGCUCUUACAGCAGCUGGUAGAAAGGCAGAGAUUAUUUGAAAAGAGAUUAAUACAGAGACUGAACAAAAAUGUCUGAGGCAAAAUUGUAGGUGCCUAUUAUCUCUUUGCAAAAAACAGCAUGAUUAAGAAUACGGAGUAGAAGACAACAAGUGUCAGCUUUUGACUGAAGGCUGACAACACUUAACAGUGUUGCUGUUGCUGAGUAAAAAUGAUGAUAAAAAAAGUCUCUCAGGAAAUAUGCAGGCAACUUGCCUGUUCUAUGCAGGAUCUCAGAAUACAAUACAAAAUGGCAUAGGAAAUAAGGGAAAAACAAGGUUCAUUGAGCCACAGACACACCUGACCACUAGUAACAAAAAUUAUGUUACUAUCUCGGAGGAAAUAAAAAUUUCUUUAAACCCUCUACAGAGAUGCUGCUCUUUCAUCUCUGGUAAAGUAUGGUAAAAAAUAAUAGGAAUGAAAGAGCUACUUUACCACCACUCACCAAUGUACAAUUUUUAAUCCUGUAAGGCUAAAUGAUGCAGCAGACAACUGCAUAUAAAGUAGGAAGACAUUUCCUUACACGUCUUUCAUUAGUUUUCAUCUUAAUACUAGCAACAGAAUAAAAACCAUCAGCAUACUCUUGAUAUUACUGAAUAUUAAAGAAGUUAAAAUCCAGGGAUUAAUGAAGAAAAUUGGAACCAUAUCUAUGCAAAAACUGCCUUCAAUUAAAAACCUGUGUCUUCCAAAUAACAGGUCCUAAUGGGGCAAUUGCCUCAUAGUAGAGGUAGGUGAUAUUUCUAAAAGUAAUGAUAAUAAUAAACUGUCUUGAAUCAACGAUAUACUGAGCAACAAAGUAGCAAAAUGAGUAUAAUUUGCCUUCAAACCCCUGAAUAUCACUCUUACUUGCACUGACCUGUAAUUUGUACUGUAAAUCAUUUCAUCUUUACAUUUCCGCUUUUAUAAUUAGACCUGAGUAUAUACACCAUCUCUCUAAAUUCCUCUGGUUUCUUUUAAUUAACUCACCCUCAGUCUGAACCACUGCAGGGUCAGGACUAAGAGAUUCCCCUGCCCAGUGAUGAAGAAAUAUACCACAUGCAUCUGUUAUGCACUGUAAAAAUCUGUAGUCUCUGUCAAUCAGUGCAAGCAAAUCCUUAAUUGGUUUUAUUCUCAUUUAUACUCAUGUAUAGCUCAUUCUUUUCUCUGCCACAGUAUGACUAAGCCUAAUUAUCCUCUUGCUCUUAUUUAAUCAAUCCAGAAAAAAUAAUGCCAAAUUUUAAAAUUAGUAGGAAAGUGGAUAACAUCAAUAAUAUUUUUUUCCCAUUUAACAUCAAGGUCAAAUUUCAAGUUGUUUUAGUGAACACAUCGAGAUACUUUUCUUUCUUUAGGUUUUUUGAUAUAGAACUCUCUACUAGCUGGAGAGUUCUGUAUUGCCCUUUCCAACUCCAGAGAAAGACUUCUCACUAUUAAUUUUCUGUACUAUUUCAGGAACAUAUAAAAAUUUCACCCCUCCCACUUUUUUGCAUUGAACUGCGGUUGCAAUUGUUGUCAGUUCUGUAUUUCCAUUCAUGAGUUCAAAAAAGCAUCUUUUUGUAUGAAAUCCUGUGCAUAAGUAGUCAGACUACAAUUUCAGGAGUGUGAUUUGUGAACUGUUUUGACAGAGCUAGGGAAAAUCUACUUCACCUUAAAACAGAUUUUUUAAGGGAUGCUAUCCUUAUGAGAGGAAUUUCAACUUUUACUGCUGAAAUGAAUGGCAGGAAUUUCACUGAUAUUGUGAUUCAAAAUUUGUGUGAAUCUUAAUGGUCACUUUGCAUAUCAGCAUCUAGUAUGCUUAAAAAGAUUUGUCAAUAUAUACAUGAUUUUUCCUCUUCAAGAAUUCUUGUUCCUCUUGAAAGUUUCCCACUUCCACUACCCCAUCACAUUUUUCAUUUUGAUGUAACACAAAGAAUUUCGACCAGGAAUGUAGUGACUUAUCUUUAAUGCUUUCUUGUAGUUGUUUUUCCCGAAAUGCCACAUUUGCCAUGCUGCCAAAUGCAAUGUUUUUCACUUGCUACUUUCAGGUCAGGUUGUGAGUAUUAGUGGAGAGGUGUUACUGAGAUACAGAAUAAGCUGCAGAUACCACAUAAAGCCAGAUUUGGGGCAGCUAUCAGGAUUUCACUAAACAAAACCAGUGACCACUUUUAUAGAUGAACAUGCUGACGACACUGACAAUUUUGCCUGUAAAAAAACUGAAUCGGGCAACUUUUGUUAGUUUCUCUAUAGAUGACUAUUUUUCUACUCACAGAGAGGAAUAUAAAGGGAAUUUUAAAAUAAUUAUUUUCAGAGAUGGUAUAUCAGUUUUAACAAGGCUGUCUAGAUUUUUCUUUGGGGGGUGCACUUCUGAUAUUUGUGCAUAUGUAUACAUUGAAAGUUCCUGCAUGUACUAUCACCUUUUUAAUCACAAUUUGCAUAAGCAUUGCUAUGUGAUUUCAACAUAGUUUGCAGGUUGUAGUUUUGCAGUUCAAAUUUUUCUCAUCAUCUACCUCUUAGUUGAAGUUUGGAGUCUUGCACAAUCCUGGAAGAAUAGAGUUGACAAAAUGCACAAUGAUAAAACCUGUAGAGACUAUUAGAAAGUCUCACAAAUAUUUGAAGCUGCUUACUGUUCUAUUUUUAAGGCAGUGCAUAUCUAUGACCAAAUUCUUUGAAUCAAUUGACAUAGCUUUAUUAAGCCUAAAGACUUAACCCAUACUUAUGAAGUUUUUACAUCACUGACCUGGUAUAAAAAUUCAAAGUGUGAUUUAGAUAUCUGGAGUCUACUGACCUUUCCGUGAGAUUGGCCUGCCUUUCUUUUUUGUUUGUUUUCUUAUAGUUACUGAGUUAGUGAAAUUAGUAAAGUUAAUACAUCCAGUUUUUAAUAGUAGUACAGAACACUUCGUGUUUUGUAUCCCUGAAAAAAAUUGUUGUGGUUUUUUUUAAAUUUAGAAAUAAUAUCAAAUUUUAGCUUGUUUUUCCUUUCAUGGGGUCGUUGAGGGAGAUGAUCACAACAUAUUGGGUUGGGGCUAUGAAUAAUGAUUGUUCUUCAUGCGCUCUUUAUAAAACCAGAGAUGAUUGUUUCUUCAAAGAUAUUCUUCAAACCAUUCUUGCCUUCUAGGACCUAGUACAAAGUCCACUGAAGCUGACAUAAAAAUACCUAUCAAAGAGCUUUAUCAGAUGUUGGGGGUGAUGUGGCUUCAGUGGAGGCUUGAGCCUUAUUUUCUCCAUACCAAAUCUCAGGAGUAUCAGCAAAUGUGGAAUUUGUUAUAACUGGCAAAUUUGCUAUGCCUGCAUAUUCCUAACUAUUCAGUCCCUAAAUUAACGCACAAUGUGUAUUAUUUUAAUAGUCUGUGUAUAUAAAUAAAUUUUAAGAAUCCCACCAUAAACUCUGAAUGUAGAUUAUAAAAUAUAGAGGACAUAUUUAAAUAAAUAUCCAAACAAAUCUGUUAACCCCAAAGGAAAUUAUCUAUUUCCUUUCAAGCCUUCUUUGAGCAGUGUAUAAUCAUUCUUUUUCUUUCUUCUGGAGAAAAUGGUUUAUGUCUUUUGUGAAUGUAUAUAUAGACAUAUAUAUAUAAGGGAAUAUAUAUGCAGAAGUGGUAUGUGUGUAUAUAUGUAUUCCCCUAUAUAUAAAACUCUAAUUUAUAUAUAUUAUAUAUAUAUAAAAUAUAUAUAAUAUUUUAGAGUAAGUUGCAUAUUGUGCCUGAUAAAUUCAACAUAUUUGUAAACAAAUAAAAUACUUCUACAAAUGACAGAAAAAUUUAAAGCUUUUCUGUAAGAGUAUGUGUUAUUUUUCACUUUCUGCUAGAUUUAUUUAUAGUAGAAAAUCGUUCAAAAAGCUGCAAUAUUACAUAACACUGAUUUCCAACCAUCAUUCAGUUCAAAGCAGCCUAAGAUCACUGAGAAUUUUCAUUGAUGUAGGUGGUAAACCCUACAUUGUUGGUGAAUUUGAUUGUUGGGUGUUUUUGCCAUGGAAAUCUUAACUAAAUGAUCUUUGAACAGACUGCAAUAGACUGAGUUUUCAUUUAUUGUGGUAUGUAUGACCAGUUCGUACAAAGUAUCAAUGGAUGUGAUAUUCUUGUAACAAAUAUGGAAAAUGAGAAUACUCUUGGGCCUACAAACAAUAUCUUGUUAAAUUAUUAUGGGAAACUCUCCAGAACACUAGUCACUAAAAACACUGAUAAUUUAUCAUACCUUUUAGAGGUUUUGGUGUUUUUAUUUUGUCUGCAAGUGGGCAAGCCCAUGAAAAGUCUACAUGUGGCUCUCACUCUUUAAAAAAGUGCUACCUUAAAAUUAUUGAUGGUUUUUUUAAAAGUGGUACACAAAUCACUUACAUAAAUACACUUCCUGCAGAGUGAUAUAGCUGCAUUUUCCAUUUAUGGCCUACUAGGGAAGAUCACUGUAUCUGCAGUUUAUCAACAGACUUUGGUAUUGCUAUGCAAUAAUUAAACAUGCAGUAGCCAUUGUUGUUGUCUAAUAAAA